AUGGAUCAACGUGAGAAACGGUCCACCCGCUUGCCACACGAACUUCAGAAAGCCUCUCGUCCGGGAGAUGCUAAAGGCACCUUACCAAACAUAUUAGAGGAAAAGCUGUCCUCUCUGCACGCCAGCGAAGCCCGAUUGACGCAGCUUCAGGGUUCUACCGGACAAGAAAAGGCCAACAAGAUUACUAAACCCUACCGUCACACACAAAAUCAGUCUGCGCCAGAGCCCAUCAAGAACAAUGAUUUCCUGAAGCGGGAACACCCCUCCGGGAAAUAUCUCAUGACAUGGGAGGUCAACCAGGCUGGUAUAGGCCGUUUAGGCCUGGAAAAUUGCGCUGGUUAUAAAUCAAGGGUGGUGGUCAAAAAAAUAAUGGCGGGCGCGCAGCAGCAAUCCAAAAAUCUGAGAGCUACCGAUAAUCAGUAUUUGGUCAAUUUACAAGAAGUAUUUUUCGAUCAGGGCUAUUACUUCUUUGUCUAUCCGUUUCAAGGGUUCGCAGUAGACCUGGCUGUUACAUGCGCCACACCUCAUGUCCAGUUCAGUGAAGCAGACAUUGCAACAGUUUGUAGAAGCAUUCUGAAAGGACUGGACUAUAUCCACGAGAUUCUUCAAGUAAGUCACGGAAACCUGGACCUCAAGCACAUUUUGCUCUCCGAGAACGGUUGCAUUAAGAUUGCCAACAUUGGAAGAAGUCUGCUGGAACACCAAAGUCUUAAAGGCAGAAGAGACGACAUCAAGAGUGUCGGGCUGUUUGUGGUCCAUCUGAAGGAGCCGGCAACAAUCCUGGAAGACAAAAGAACACAUCUCUACAAUCCAAAAAAUGUUUCGGCCCAGGCAAAGGGAUUCAUCGAGGAGGCACAUACUGCUUCCUGCAAACUUCUACUUCAGCAUGAUUUUCUCCUUCAAGCCAACCCCGAUAAUGAGACGUGGAGCCUCAUACCUCAUUAUUACAACACCGUAUGCUAUGCACCAUACACUCCGCAGACGAUAGAAGGAAGUCGGAAAUUCUAG